ACCGAUUUAUAUUGGAAUAGCAUUCGUUUUUAAAGAGAUCGUAUGGAGGGACAAAAACCUAUUCAAAUUACUGACAAACCUGAUCCUAAAAAUCCAAUAGUAUUUCUAGAUAUAAGUGUUGGAAAUACGAACAUUGGUAGAAUAAAGUUUGAAUUAUUCGCUAACGUGGUUCCAAAAACAGCUGAAAAUUUUAGACAACUAUGUACAGGAGAAUACAAAAGAGACGGAGUACCCCAGGGUUAUAAAAAUUGCCAGUUCCACAGAGUGAUUAAGGAUUUUAUGGUUCAAGGUGGCGAUUAUAUUAACCAUGACGGAACCGGAGUUGCGAGUAUUUAUAGCGGGGCUUUUUCAGACGAAAAUUUUAUGCUAAAACAUUCCGGCCCGGGGAUACUUUCCAUGGCAAACAGCGGUCCUGACACGAAUGGAUGCCAAUUUUUCAUAACUUGCACCCAAUGUGAAUUUUUAGACGGAAAACAUGUUGUUUUUGGAAGAGUUAUAGAAGGACUAUUAGUACUUAGAAAAAUAGAAAAUGUCCCUACAGGACCGAACAAUAAACCGAAAAUUCCGAUUAUCAUAUCAGAAUGCGGGGAAAUGUAAAGACGACGAAAGAAAGCUUUAUCUGAUCAUAAAAUAAACGUUGCUCGUUCUCACAGGCUACUGGCUACUUGAUGAUGCUAGUAUAAGACUCGUCAAUUGCAUGGUUUCAUUGCUUUUUUGUUUACUUUCUUGUUCCUUUCACAUAUGACGUAGUUCAAUAUAUUUGAUAAAAAUAUCUAAAAAACUAGAUAUAUAUAUAUAUAUAUAUAUAUACUGUAUAUAUACCUUAUAUCAUGUUUGGAAAUAAAGUUUGUAUAAAGGUACAGGAAGUCUUGCUUUUGAAAAUCAUUUAGGCCAUAUUAAACGCUUCUUAUAAUUUGUAUAUACGCAUGCCACGCACAUAUAUAUAUAUAUAUGUAUAUAUAUAUAUAUAUAUGUAUUUUUGUAAAUAUAUAAAUAUAU